AUGGCUACCUUGGACGUGGAAGCACUCCUGGACGCCACCGCUAAGGAUACCUCUGAGCAGAAGACUAAGAGCCCUGUAGAGGAUAGAACACGAGACGAGCCCGAAAGAAGGGAUAGGGAACGUGAUCGUGGCCGUGAUAGAGACGGAAGUCGACAUCGCGACCGCGAUCAUGGACGGCGCAGAGAUCGUAGGGACAGCCCUAACCGAAGCCGUAGGGCUACACCCGAUGUAGGAACGCCUCGAAGCGAUGCUGGAAGCCAUAAGAGUAGGAGGAGAAGUCGCAGCCGCGAUAGCGACCGCCGUCACUCACGCCGAAACAGAGAUGGUGAUUACUACAGAGGUGGACGACGCUCACGCUCACGAUCUCGCUCUCCUUACCGCCAUUACCGCCCCCGUGACGACCGGGAUCACCGUGACCGGAGAGACCGCGACCGAAGAAACCGCGAUUAUGGACGCGGUCGUGAUGACGAGCGUCGCGAAACUAAGCGUGAAGAAGGCAACCCCCAGCUUACCGAAGAUGAAAGAGAUCGUCGCACUGUUUUUGUGCAGCAACUUGCCGCUCGUUUGCGCACUCGCGAGCUCAAGGAGUUCUUCGAGAAGGUUGGACCUGUCAAUGAGGCUCAAAUUGUCAAGGACCGUAUCAGCCAAAGAUCCAAGGGAGUUGGUUAUGUCGAGUUCAAAAAUGAGGAAUCCGUUACUCAGGCUCUUCAACUUACUGGACAGAAGCUUUUAGGUAUUCCUGUCAUCGUACAAGUCACAGAAGCCGAGAAAAACCGGCAAGCCCGAAAUCCUGAAGCUUCGGGACCUCACCCCAAUUCUAUCCCUUUUCACCGUCUUUAUGUCGGCAACAUCCACUUCAACGUCACCGAGCAAGACUUGCAGGCUGUCUUUGAGCCGUUUGGCGAGCUUGAAUUCGUUCAACUCCAGAAAGAUGAGAACGGCCGCAGCCGCGGCUAUGGCUUUGUCCAGUUCCGUGAUGCUGGUCAGGCACGAGAGGCACUGGAGAAGAUGAACGGCUUUGAUCUAGCUGGACGUCCUAUCCGCGUCGGACUCGGAAACGAUAAGUUUACCCCUGAGAGUACUGCCAACAUGUUGCAGAGAUUUUCCGGACAGAACCAAAACCAGAACUUCCAAGGUUCAGCUUUCUCUGGUUCCGGCGGACGAGGCCCUCAGUCCUCAACCUUCGACCGAGCUGGCGGUCGAGAUAAUGAGAAGACUGGAGGUGCUAGUGCUCUUGAUGACACCGAUGUCGCUGGUGUGAACUUUAACAACUAUAGUCGCGAUGCAUUGAUGAGGAAACUCGCUCGAACCGAUGAUAGCGCCACCAACGGCCAUGACGAGCGCCAGGUGCUCAAACCCAAGACAGAGACGAAGCCAUUGCCUGUUAAUGUCAACAUGGCUAGCCGCUGUGUUGUGUUGCACAACAUGUUCGAUCCUGAAGAGUAUGCAUCUCGGCCAUUUCACUUUGAACAAAUGCUGACACUUCACAGAGAGGAAGGCACCGAUUGGGUCAAGGAGCUCGAGGACGAUGUUCGUCAAGAGGCCGAGAGCAAGUAUGGACAUGUGGUUCACAUCUCGGCUGACCCCAACUCCAAGGGUGACAUCUAUCUCAAAUUUGACAAAGUCCAGGGAGGCGAGAAUGCCAUCAAGGGCCUAAAUGGCCGAUACUUCGGCGGACGAAUGAUCGACGCGUCUCCUGUUGUAGAUGCCGUCUACAGCAGUUUGUUCUCACGUACCCGGGCAAUCUAA